ACGCGCUGGAAAGAAGCCGCAUUACGUGACACUAAAUGUCGCCUGUUGGGCAAACGGCCAGUUUAGUGUGCUUUUGGCAGUGUUCCGAUCGUGUAGAAACCAUCAGCAGUUGUCAAUCUCCUUUUUGCCACAGUUAUCAUGUCGCUUCGCAUUGUAUCGCAGUCCCUAGUGAACGCCUGGAGCCAGACUCUGGUGCGUGGAAUGUCCACACAGGGCGGCUCCAAGAACAUUGGCUUCGUCGGUCUGGGUAACAUGGGCGGCCAUAUGGCCAGCAAUCUGAUCAAGGCUGGUCAUAAGCUCCAUGUGUUCGAUAUCUCGAAACCUGCCUGCGACAAUCUGAAGGCAAAGGGCGCCACUGUCUACACAAAGACCUCGGAGCUGGCCAAGAACUCCGACUUUGUCAUCACCAUGCUGCCCAACAACGACAUCGUCGAUGCUUCGUACGAGGAGAUGACCGCCGAUGGCGUCAACAAGAACACCUUCUUCAUUGACUCCUCCACCAUUGAUCCCACACUUGUGAAGUCGCUGCAGAAGCGCAUUAGCGCCAAGGGUGCUCGCUUCAUCGAUGCUCCCGUCUCCGGCGGUGUUCCCGGCGCCGAACAGGCCACGUUGACCUUCAUGGUCGGCGGCACUGAGGCUGAGUACAACACCGUCAAGGCUGUGCUCGAGUGCAUGGGCAAGCGCAUCACCCACUGCGGUGACUAUGGCAUGGGUCAGGCUGCCAAAUUGGCCAACAACAUGAUGCUGGCCAUCUCGAUGAUUGGUGUCUCUGAGGCCAUGAAUCUGGCCAUGCGCCUGGGUCUGAAUCCCAACACAUUCGCUGAGAUUAUCAACUCGUCCACUGGCCGCUGCUGGGCCUCAGAGCUUUACAAUCCCGUGCCCGGCGUGACUCCCACCGCACCAGCCAACCGCGACUACGCUGGCGGUUUCUCCACCGAUCUGAUCACCAAGGAUUUGGGUCUGGCCUCCGGUGUGGCCACCUCCUCGAACACUCCCAUUCCCAUGGGCGCACUCGCUCAUCAAAUCUAUCGCAACCUCAAGUCCAAGGGUCUGGGCAACAAGGACUUCUCCAUUGUCUAUGACUACAUGAAGAACGACAAGAACUAAAUAGCCUUUGUUUCUCUUGGCUAUAUUGGAAGGCUUCCACCCACCAGUUUUGCAUUUAUGGGGCUCCAUUAAAUUGUGGCUCUCGACUUUUUAGGGCUUCCCGUGUUACGAUUUUGAUUUGCAUUUUCUAUAUGUACGUUCUAUAGCGUUUGAUUUAGUUGAUCACAAUGCUGAUGUUAUAUUAAAAAUUAAUUCGUAUUA